GUUUUCCAUGCCAUGACUUUCAUGAACAUUUUUCACCCCAGACUUUUUCAACAAAAUCAAUAUUUUCUUGCCUAGAAAACAUAAUUUACAGCAAUCAUGACCCUGGAACCACGCCAACGUUACUUGAACCACGCUUUAUGUCACAUGUGCCAGAAAGGUGACAUCGCCCAAGUCCAGCAUCUCAUCCAGGAGGGUGCAGACGUGAACUAUCUCGUUCAUGCUGAAAACUACACACCGCUUAUCUUUGCCACAAAAGAAAUGCAUCUCGACGUUGUGGAGUAUUUACUCAAAUGUGGCGCCAACACGCAACGAGCGAUGAAACAUAUCGGUCAUCAGAUGAAGAAGUUCACGUCGCCUCUCGGAUUAAAAAUACUUAAUGCACUACUGAUAGGUGGCGCUCCAAUCGAAGGCGACUGUAGCUGUGGAUCGUGUGGGCACCUCAUUCUGAAUUCAGUAGCCAAUGUGGGAAGUUGUGCCUGUCUAGAUCUCAUCAAAGACAAUGGUUGUAUUGAUGUCGUAAACGGCUCCUCGCGCAUAAAAACCAUCAAAAAGUACGACAAAUUCUACCGCAACUGUGAUAUGUGGGUUCCUCUUUUCACCGCAGCGAAGGCCGGCAAUUUGAACUUCGUGCAGCAGUUGCAUUCAUAUGGAGCAGACAUCAACAUCUUAGAUCACAACCACACAACACCACUUCAUCAUGCCUGCAAGUCCAACCAGAGGGAGAUUGUAGACUUUCUGAUAGAGCACGAUGCGGAUCUCAACAUCAGGUCAAUGGAUAAAAACGAGGGUCCAUUAGAUUAUGCCUACAGGUACCCAGCGGACGUAAGCUUAGUAACCCAUCUGCACAAACUUGGCGCCAAGUCUGAAAAACUUGAUAAUUAUCCGUUACAUUUCGCUGCCUUUCUUGGCAAUUUGGACUUGUUUCAAAUGGCCUGCGAUGAUAACAAAGACGUUGACAUUGACGUUCGAGACUUUGUUGGGAGGACAGUCCUUCAUUGCGCUUGCUAUUCGGGGAGCAUCGACGUGGUGAAGAAAUGCCUGGAGUACGGGCCAAAUGUCAACAGCGUAGAGGACGGUUACGGUUUGGGUGAACAUUAUACACCAUUACAGAUUGCAAUAGCCUGGCGUAAUCCAAGCUUGGUCGAGUUUUUACUCCAUGAGAAAGAGUGCCCCGGAGUACUCGUCAAUCCUGUCCAAAAAGAUGUUGGACUUGCGGAGGAUUCGGACUCUGAUAAUGAAGACGAAACCUGGCCACCGGUUCAGAUUGCUUGCUACGUCGGCGACUUGAAAUCAGUGCAGUUGUUGCUGAAGAGGGGCGCUGUUGCCCCAAAGGGGGCAGCACUGAGCACAUGCUGUUGGACCAAUCACGUGCAGCGAAUCGCCAUUGCUCUAGAGCUCAUCGACAAUGGACAUUACCAGCUGAAAGCGCCCUGUUCGUACACCACCUCAGGUUAUCAAGAGCACUGCACCCCGCUUCAGUGCACAGUGGAAAGAAACGACUUGGAACUUUUAAAAGCGCUUCUCGGUAAAGAGAAAUUUCUGAACGAAGUUCUACAGAACAAUGACUUCUUUUCAGCCCUCCUCAUCUCAGGGCAAGAAAAUAACAUUGAGUGUUUUCAAACCUUGCUGUCAUAUUUGACAAAUCAGCAAAGAAAACUUAUACUGAAACCAGAAAAUGUGAUCGACCUCCUUAUUAAUACGUUAGAGCACAGGCAGCCAGAAAUGAUGAAGUUCCUGUUGAAAGAAGUCUUAGAGUCCAAACAAGCCAUUUCAAACUUGUACGCCGACGUCCGUUUCUCUGAAAAAUUAGGUCAUUAUCUGCAGACGCAUAACUACCAGUUGUUUCUCUGUCUUGACGAGUUGUUGACGGCAGGUCAUGGGACGAGGUUGUGGUCUGCGUACUUCAAUCUCUCGCUCAUCUAUAAGGAGAAUUUAUUCUAUUUCGUGCACAUCAUACCGCUCAUCAGCCGAAAGUACGCGACCCUGGACAACAAUCUCCUCGGGUUCUUGAUUCGGCAGAAAGAUAUCGCAAUGGUGCAAUUCCUGUCGGAAUGCGGUCUCCAAAUAUUACCGAAAGAACUCGGUAAUUUUCGAGGCGUGCAUUCCAGCUCGUCUGAUACCCUCGACUUCAUUGAUGAAGCCAUCGAUAUUGUCGCGUCUCCUUUCACUCUGAAGUCCGUCUGCCGCAGUUUCAUCCGGGAGAGUUUGUUAUCGUCAUCGCCAGAUGUUUACCAAAGUGCGCAACAGUUGGCGCUCCCGAAAUCAUUGGUGGACUAUCUAGCAUUCACUGGUGUGCAUAAGUUUCAGUACUGAAUAAAUAUCACAUCAUCAGCUCAACUGAUGAGUUUAACCAUUUCAACUGCACAACGGGAAAUUGUUGUGAACAAUUGGGGGGUUUUAAAGGGGAACUAUAGGCAGGAGCAGAGGCUAAUCUGGCCAUCUUCAUGUGACUAGUAUACACGUACAUAUUAAGGGCUCUUGGUCACGUCAGACUCGGCACUAAAUAUAUUCCUCUAACAAGCGUGAAUCAUUUCGACAUUCUGUCAGAUACGAGAGACCUAUUGGCGACUUUGGGUAACUUUAUCUUGCCUGCCUAGCUGCUGCCUAUAUUGUCCCUUUAAAUUUCAUAUGACAGAACACCAUCUGGCAUCUCUCCUAUUUUAUGAAGUUCACCACAUCCGUUUGAAAAAAGUUUAAGAUGGUUUCUGUUCAACAGUAACUUCGCUGUUUAAUGUAAAGUUUUUAUAUGUUGAGUUUAAUUGCAUAAUAAAGUAGAACCUCCCCAUUAAGGACCCCCUUGGGUCUGAUUAGUGCUGUCUUUAAUAGAGAAGUGUCCUGAUUAGAGAGGUCAAAUUAAAUGGAAACAACCAAUUUGAAACCAAAACUAGUGUCCUUAAUAGAGAAGUUGUCCUUAAUAGAGAGGUGUCCGCUAAGGGAGGUUCCACUGAACUUCUAUGAAGUAGCAGAAACCGAUAGCUUUGUUCUAUUUAUAUGUAUUUCUGAUAACAGUCGGUUACUGGAUGUUAAAUGUCACACACUGAUGAAGUUUAAGUCUUAUUGUUUUAGAGAUAGAUUGACAGGUGGGCAUUCACUCUAGAAGUCUGUGAUGGUUGUGGCAUUUCUACUUCGACACUUCAACAUUCAUCAUGGUGAUAUCAUGGUAACUGUUUCAAUUACAAAGACAUGGAAUUUGCAUCAAUUGGAUGGGAAUACACUAGAUAAUACAGUAGAACCUCUCUAUUAAGGACACCCUCGGGGCUGACAAGUGCUGUCCUUAAUAGAGAUGUGUCCUGAUUAGAGAGGUCAAAAUGAAUAGAAACAACCACUUUGGGACUAAAACUAGUGUGCUUAAUAGAGAGGUUGUCCUUAAUAGAGAGGUGUCCGCUAAGGGAGGUUCCACUGUAGCUGGUUUAAGGGGCCACUUUAGAGCCUUAACAGAUAGCCAAGUUUACAGUAAGUCAUAGAAGUUGAAUUUGUUAGAAAAGUGCUAGUCACUGCAGGUGUGCAGUAUAGAAAAUGUAAUCUUAUCACAAAUCUUG